ACUUGUCCCCACUUUUGUUACGCUUUCCGUAAGUGCACGGAUCAUUUUGCACCACGGCGCGACUGCGACAUGUCUCGGGCUGCGGACAGACUCAGGCUGUUGAUCAAUCACCUUGAUCGAUCACCCGCUGCGAUCAGUGUUUCCCCAACAUCUGCUCAAACCUUCACCCACAGUCACCCACAACAGAGGCUGAGAUACACGUUUGAUACUGACCUGCUGACUCCAGAGCAGCGCCUUUUUUAUGAGGAUAAUGGCUUCCUCCUCAUCAAGAAUUUGGUGUCUGAUGAAGACAUUGACAAGUUCAGGAUGGAGUUUGAACGGAUCUGUCGACAGGACGUGAAGAUUCCAGGUUUGGUGGUGAUGAGAGAUGUGGCGAUCGCAAAGUCUGAGUUUGUUCCAGAUCAGAAAGCGAUCAGUAAAGUCCAAGACUUUCAGGAAGAUCCUGAGCUGUUUCGUUACUGCACCUUACCACAGAUCCUGAAGUAUGUGGAGUGUUUCACUGGACCGAACAUUAUGGCCAUGCACACCAUGCUGAUCAACAAACCUCCCGAUGCAGGUAAGAAAACGUCUCGUCAUCCGAUGCAUCAGGAUCUGCAUUACUUCCCAUUCCGACCAGCUGACCGCAUUGUUUGCGCUUGGACGGCGAUGGAGAAAGUGAGCAGGCAGAACGGCUGCCUGGUGGUCCUGCCUGGAACACACACUGGUUCGCUUCAGGAGCACGACUAUCCCGAUUGGGAGGGUGGCGUAAAUAAAAUGUACCAUGGAGUACGUGGCUACGACCCUCAGCACCCCAGGGUGCACCUGGAGAUGGAGAAGGGCGACACAGUUUUCUUCCACCCUAUUCUCAUCCACGGUUCUGGCAUGAACCAGACACAGGGUUUCCGUAAGGCCAUCUCCUGCCACUACGCAAGCAGCGAUUGUUAUUACAUCGACGUGACGGGAACUACGCAGGAGAACAUCGAGCAGGAGGUGAAGGAGGUCGCAGCUAAAAAGUAUGCUCUGAACAACAUCACCCUCAAGGACACUUGGUAUAUACGAGGCCGUCUCGUCCAGGGAGAGAGGAUCUCAAUGUGAGGACGCCACAGAUGUGCUUCAAAGGGAUCCCAGUUCGCCGCAGGGCAACCAACCACUGAGCUGAAAUUUAAAAAUAUUUUAAUGCCGGGAUAGCAAAAAAAGCAAUAUGGUGUAUCUACAGAGCUAAGGAACAUGUGGUUUUGAUUUUUGCUUAAGGGGAGAAUGAUCUCUUCAAUCACACUUCUAUCUAGAAUGCUGCCUCAUUGCUACACUGUACCUUACCACAGCACAAUGUUCAAAUGAAUUGAGGGUAUGGAAGUGCCUAAUAAGUUUUUUUAAUACAAGUAAGGGAAAGAGAGAGACACUGAUUUUACAGUGAUUAAAAAAAGAUUGGUUAUUAUGCGUGAGAGAUAUAAUGUGAAGAGAAAUCUGAAGAAGAAUGACUGAGAAAAAAUGGGUAAAACACUGAUACAUUCAUUAACACUACAUUCAUUGUGGAGUGCAAGAAUAUCCUACAGUAGGUUUGUGAUCUUACUUUAAUAAAUAUGAUAUUUUAAUAAAUUAUUAAUAUAA